UGUAGUGAUAGAAGAAAUAGGAGUAGAAGCAUGUAGUGAGAUGAGAGAGGAAUGCUAGGGAAUGGAUGGAGUACCUGCUGGGGCUGUGUGGUGAGAGACAGGUAAAUGGUCGGGUGAUUGAGGGUGUGAAAGAUUUCUUUAGAGAGUGCCUGGAGGGAACGUAUGAGAAUGAUUGAAAGGCAGGGACCCCUCAGGGACAGGGAUGGGGAUGGGGAACAGGUGUGAAUGUGAUGAAUGAUGAGGGAGGGGGGAGGCAGGGAAAGCUUUAAUACUUCAAACUUCCUGCCCCGUUCUUCCAUUUCCAGGUGUGUAUGGGAGAACGCCGAUCCAAAGGUUACACCGACAGCAAGUGCUGGGUGACUCCCAACUCAAGCUCAAGCUCAAGCUCAAGACAACCUGACAAGUCGGGCAAUGGCUACCUUCACUCAGUUGUUUUUAUAGUUCUUUAUCGUGCUAAAACUAACUUGACUUGAUUGUGCCUGCAGCCUGUCACGUCUUUAAACAACACACUAUCCUAUAGGAACAGACGCUCUGUUUGGUGAUAAUUUCAAGACUGGUGUAGUGCAUUAGCAGAAGAAUCUCUGAAGAUGCGUAAGGGAUCUGCUCCACCAUUGAAGGAAGUGCUCCCACGCAAGGGUAUACUCUACCAGGAAGACUUUGCUUACCUGGCACUGUGCCGCCCCAAAUUAAUGCCCCUCAAGUCAGUGACCUUGGAAAAGUUGGAGGCCAUGCAGAAGAGUGCCCAGGAGAAGUUGAAGCAACAGCAGGAGCAGCAGGAAGAGCAGCAAGGCAUGAGCUCUAGCAUGGGGGGAAAAACACGUCUUUUAUAAAUCUCAAUAUGAAUUUCAUUGUGAUAGAAAAGCAUCACUAACUAGCCGUCUGAAGUACACACUGUAGCUAUUAUUUGAUCACCUGUGGUCGUUUACUUGAACAGUUUGGAAGAAUUUACUUGAAUGACUACUUCUGCAUUUUGUGCUUGAAGAAAAAAAUUCUAUAAUUGAUUUAUUUGUAUCUAUGUGUGAAAUAUUGGGUUUAAGUGAUACCACAAUACAAUACUGGUAAAGAUCAAGAUUCUCAGAAUAUUAGUUAUGAUUCUACUGACUAUAUGCAUGAAGUUUAUGUGAAUCAUUACAAGCUGAAAUCAUCAACAAGCUGAAGUAAGCAUGAACUCUCAACUCUGAAAAAAUCACUGAUUUCAGAAAGUACUUUCAAGUUUGAAAACUGGAUAUAGGGUUUUUCUUUAGAAAGCAUAAAAAGUGGAGCUGUAGAAAGUAUACAUAUCUAUCAUUCAAAAGAGACUACAUCAUCUGUUAUGGUCCAAAUCAAGAUUAGAUGAGAAUAAAUAUACUAUCUACUGUAUUACAAGAAACAAUAUUUAUAAAGGUUUAGGAAGUGAAGGCACCUUCAAAGAAUGCAAAAAAAAUAACGUUGACAAAGAAAAUCCACCAUAAAGUGUGAAGAUGCCAUCUACUCAUCUUGAAUGUAACAGCAAAUAAUGUGUCAUAUAAACCCAAAACCUCAUGAAGUUGAAACAAAAAAUUUACUUAUGAAGAUAUUCAGGAAGUCAUUUCUUCACAAAGAUGCUUGAAGAAGACGUGAAGGGAAGAAAGGAAAGAACCUGAACAAGAUAUUUUGACACUUGAAGAAAUGACAGAGGCUUGUUUAUAAAAGUUUCUCUACACACUUUUAAGAAAAGGAAAAUAGGUACAUCUUUAUAAACAAAACAGUUAUUAAAGUUUUUGUUUGAUUCUAAGUCUAUUAAGAUGAGUGUAGGACCCUUAGUGGUGGAGGUGCUGCUGACCUUCUUAGUAGCAGCGGUGGUGCUGUGUCGUUAUGGCAACUGGUACCGCCAUCACCUGGUGGUCACUGUGUCAGUCUUGGUGGCCUGGUACUUCUCAAUGCUGAUUGUCUUCAUCCUGCCACUGGACGUCUCCAAUACUAUCUAUGAGAACUGCUUACAGGACCUAAAGGAACAAACAAUAGUUAAGCCCUCCAAUGCAGCAUUACCUGAUGGUGAUGGUGGAGAUGGGGGUAACUACACUCUGAUGGCUGCUGAUUUAACCAUCGAGGGAGUGGAUGGUACUAACAUCACCUCCCUCAAUAUCACCACCACCACCACCACCACCACCCCACCAGCACCACAAGUGGGAUGCCUCAAGCCAUGGAGCUUUGUGCCUGCUGGAGUAUUCCCUGUCUUCUGGAGGGUGGUUUACUGGACAUCACAGUUCUUAACAUGGGUGAUAUUGCCUCUGAUGCAGUCAUACACAAAAGCUGGAGAUUUUACAUUCGGAUCCAAGCUCCGCUCUGCACUGAUAGACAACUUUAUUUAUUAUGGGUCUUAUCUAGUUAUUGUGGGCAUCCUCCUGCUGUACAUUGCCUUUACUAACAUGGGCCUUGAUGGAGCCAAGCUGCGUGCCAUUGCUGCUUCUGCCUCCAACACUUGGGGGAUGUUUUGGUUAGUUUUACUGUUGGGCUAUGGUUUGGUUGAGGUACCCCGCUCCAUCUGGCACUCAGCUUCCACUCUUCACACCCUUCACCAUGCCUACUUCCAUGCUGCCAAACUUUCCCAAGAACGUGCUGAAUCCAACGAACGGGUCAGCGAUCUCCUUCAGAGCAUGAGGGCUCUGGGUGGAAGCAUUGGGCCUGGCCAUCCCCUGCGGCCACACAUGGAUGUGAUAGAGAGUAAGGUGCCCACAGAGCUACUGGACAGAGUUCGCCGCCAACCACCCCCAGAUUCCCCACAUGCUGAUGUACCAUCAGAGAAGGCUCUUGUCAGGCUCCAUAAACAGUUGCUCAAGGCUCUGCAAAACCAGCGACGUGUUGAGACCCAAUGGGGGCUACUGGUGGAGAAAGUAGUGCAUCUGGAGGACACCUAUCGUAACUCUCUUUCCCAUGACUCCACCUUUAAGCACUCCACUCCGCCGAACCGCCACCACCUCAUCUCUUAUGUUUACACACCUACAAUAGAGUGGGUGUGGCGGUGCAAGGUACGCGGGUGUUUGCUGCGGGCACUGGCAGUGUUUUUUGCCCUGGUGUCUGUGGUGGUGGUGUGGUCUGAGCUUACUUUCUUCAGCACCAAUCCCACAAUAUCCCUCUUUGCUGUGUUUGUCAACCUAGCCAAGGCCAAUUAUGACUACUUCACUAUUGAGGUAAUCUCUUCUUUGUCCAUGGCGUACAUUGCCCUGUGUGCCUACUCCACCCUCUUCAAGAUCCGUGUGCUCAAUCUGUACUAUCUGGCACCACACCACCAAACUGAUGAGUACUCCCUCAUCUUCUCUGGUAUGAUGCUGUGUCGCCUCACCCCACCCAUGUGCCUCAAUUUUCUCUCCCUCAUCCACAUGGACUCCCACGUCAUCAAAGUCCGCACAGAAGAGACCCAUUAUACCCAGAUUAUGGGUCACAUGGACGUUAUUCGCAUCAUCAGUGACGGGUUCAACAUUUACUUUCCAAUGAUGAUUGUGGCACUGUGCCUGGCCACCUACUACAGCCUAGGAUCUCGUCUCCUCUCAGCUCUUGGGUUCCAGCAAUUCAUGUGUGAUGAUGACCUCACCACUGACUUGAUUGAGGAAGGCAAGACUCUCAUCAACCGAGAAUCCCGUCGCCGCCAGAGGAUGGAAGACAAUGCUGCCAGACGCAAGGACUUUGCAGAAAGAUUUGGAGGUGGAGAGUCAUCAGCCAGCAUGUACAGGUCAGCACGACAGAGAGCAGAGGAAUUGGUGCGACCACUAAGGAGGGAAGACUCAUCAGAAUCUGCCCAAUUGGAGCUCCUAAGUGGGUCACAAAGUAUAGCUGACUAUGCUUCUCACACCACUACCACCUCUUCCAUGGAUGAUCCAGAGGUUGGGCAGGGUGGAGUCAGGUUGGGUGGUCUUGGCCAGUAUUCCAGAGCUCGCACGCACAAGCCUGACAAGGGGCUGUUUGAUGAUGUAUAAGUAUCAUGCCAUAAAAUUAACUUCAGUAUAGUGCAUUCUGGCACCCUUCAAGUGAACAAUUGGCACUUAUAAUAAGAGGUCCAAAUUUUACUUAGAGUCUGUGUUUAUCUUCUGGAAAAUAGAUAAGAAUUAUGACAAUUCAAACAAAUAAAGUACACAAUACGAAUAUU